AAUGGACGAGCUCAGGCGCACAGGUAACUCACCCACUGACAUGGCAAAGCAGAUCAUGGAGAUGAUGCACCUGAAAUAUGAACGUGCUCACCUGGCCUUCCUGCUCACCUGCCAGAACGUCAUGGAUGGUGAGGCAGGAAAGUAUGACCUAAGAACCAUCACUCAGUUCAUAAGACAGGAAACCAAGCCAGCUCCCUUUGGAGAGUAUGGGGAUUCAGGUGGCUGGAACGGGAUCUCUGUGUCUGCACACUACCUAACUGACUGCCUACUGCAUGAGUACCAACACCAGGAGGGUGCUAUCACAAAGCUUCUUCAGGGCACCUUUGGACAGGCUUUCUGCUCAGAUCACACACGGAAAGUUGCUAGGAAGGUCACCUUUUCAUCUGGGACCAUGUCAUCAUAUGCAGUCAUGAAUGAGAACUGGAUGAUCCUUUCAUGGGUGAUGGUGCAGUCUGAGACAGAAAAGUCACUGAAGCCCAUGUAUGAAGGUUUAGCACACCGCUACAGCACUGCAGGCAUAGAGAAGGCACACUACCAGUGGGUAGACAGAGAUUGCUGUGCAGCAUUUAAGGUUGCAGAAUCUUACACAGGAGAGCAGAUGAACUGGGAUGCUUGGAAAACCACUGACGUUAUUGUUGCUGAUGCCACUACUGGUGACCUGCUGAACACCUGUGCAUCAAGAUCACACUGCAAUGAAAACAUUGUUAUCAAGCUGGACUUGUUUCACUGUUUGAGACGGUUCCUCCGUGAGUGUGUCAGAGCAUCAUCCUCUCUACAGUUCCUUUGCUCAGUUCCUGUUGGCAGCCUUUUCAGUGGUGGAUCAGGAAGACCUGCAAAGGCUUAAAGAGGCAUAUGUCUUCUGUGGAAUUCAGCCUGCCAACCCAACAAAGGCACAUAUUCGUGAGCACUGCAGGACCAGAAUUCCACAGCCUGAAGAGCUUGUCAAGAGAGUUGAGGGAGUUUUCCAGCACUUUUACCUCACAACUGAUCCAAAUGGUGCUCCUCUCUUCAAGCCUUCAAUGCUGAAGACAUG